GUCGCGUGUCCCGGUACUUUUCAAACAGCGUGCACUGAGGCUGCUGAAUCAGGAAUAAUAAAAGUUAAAACAAUAGCCGCACGAAACACUGAGAUUUUAGCAGCACUGAAGGAGAACAGCUCAGAAGUUGUGCAGCCUUUUCUCAUGGGCUGUGGGACCAAGGAGCCGAAGAUCACGCAGCUGUGCCUGGCCGCUAUCCAGAGACUCAUGUCACAUGAAGUUGUGUCUGAGACUGCAGCUGGAAACAUAAUCAACAUGCUUUGGCAGCUAAUGGAAAAUAGCCUGGAAGAACUUAAGCUUCUUCAGACAGUCCUUGUCCUUCUGACCACCAGCACAGUCGCCCAUGGCGAGGCGCUGUCCAAGGCGAUUGUGCUUUGUUUUCGACUGCAUUUCACAAAAGAUAAUAUCACGAAUAAUACGGCUGCUGCUACAGUUCGACAGGUUGUUACUGUUGUUUUUGAGAGAAUGGUUGCUGAGGAUGAGAGACACCGAGAUACUGUAGAACAACCAGUUCUGAUCCAAGGAAAUAGUAACAGAAGAUCCGUCAGCACUCUCAAACCCUGUGCUAAAGACGCGUAUAUGCUUUUUCAGGACCUCUGCCAGCUGGUCAACGCCGACGCGCCUUACUGGCUAGUGGGCAUGACAGAGAUGACGCGGACCUUCGGCCUGGAGUUGCUCGAGUCAGUCCUGAAUGAUUUUCCACAAGUCUUUUUACAACAUCAGGAAUUCAGUUUCCUCCUCAAAGAAAGGGUAUGCCCACUUGUGAUAAAGCUGUUUUCUCCGAAUAUCAAGUUCAGACAAGGUUCCACUACUUCAUCUUCUCCAGCGCCAGUUGAAAAGCCGUAUUUCCCUAUCUGCAUGCGCUUGCUGAGAGUAGUAUCUGUUCUGAUUAAGCAGUUCUAUAGUCUUUUGGUAACUGAAUGUGAGAUAUUCCUGUCCCUCCUGGUGAAGUUCCUGGACGCAGACAAGCCACAGUGGCUGCGCGCUGUUGCGGUGGAGUCAAUACACAGGCUGUGUGUGCAGCCGCAGCUGCUCAGGUCCUUCUGCCAGUGCUACGACAUGAAGCAGCACUCCACCAAGGUGCUGCGUGACAUCGUGAACGCCCUCGGGUCCUUCAUCCAGUCCCUGUUCCUCGUCCCUCCUGCUGGAAACCCCGUCACCGCAAACCAAGCGGGAAACAAUAACUCAGGCGGACCCGUCUCGGCACCGGCUAGCUCAGGGAUGCUGGGUAUUGGUGGAGGCGUGACUUUGCUGCCGGCCUUUGAGUACAGAGGAACGUGGAUACCCAUUCUGACGGUAACAGUCCAAGGCAGCGCGAAGGCCACGUACCUGGAGAUGCUGGACAAAGUGGAGCCCCCGACGAUCCCGGAAGGCUACGCCAUGUCGGUGGCCUUUCACUGUUUGCUGGACCUUGUGCGUGGGAUCACGGCUCUGAUCGAAGGAGAGCUGGGCGCGGUGGAGACGGGGGGCCGGAGCAGCCCCGAGGCAGCGGCUUCAGCAGCACAGUCCUCAGAGCAGCCAGGACUGCGGUCCGCGUCAGGCCGAACGGAGGAGGACACAGCGAGCAGAGCCGUCUGGGAGGAGAUGGUGAACGCCUGCUGGUGCGGCCUGCUUGCUGCGCUCUCCCUCCUCCUCGACGCCAGCACAGAUGAAGCUGCCACUGAGAACAUUUUAAAAGCUGAACUGACGAUGGCCGCGCUCUGCGGGAGACUCGGCCUCGUGACCUCCAGAGACGCCUUCAUCACUGCCGUCUGCAAGGGCGCCCUGCCCCCCCACUACGCGCUCACUGCGCUGAACAACGCUGCCGCCGCCGCGCUCCCCAGCAAGGCAUAUUCCAUCCAGGGUCAGAAUGUCGUGAUGAUAAGCCCGUCCAGCGAAUCUCACCAGCAGGUCGUGGCGGUGGGCCAGCCUCUGGCGGUGCAGCCUCAGGGGACAGUAAUGCUAACUUCCAAAAAUAUCCAGUGUAUGAGGACUUUGCUCAACUUGGCACACUGUCACGGGGCUGUCCUCGGAACGUCGUGGCAGCUUGUCCUGGCGACCCUGCAGCAUCUUGUCUGGAUCCUGGGGUUGAAGCCAAGCAGCGGUGGUGCCUUGAAGCCCGGACGAGCCGCGGAAGGCCCCAGUACGGUCCUGACGACAGCGGUGAUGACGGACUUGCCAGUGAUUUCCAGCAUACUGUCGCGGCUGUUUGAGAGCUCACAGUAUCUUGAUGAUGUGUCAUUGCAUCAUUUAAUGAACGCACUUUGCUCCUUAUCCCUCGAAGCAAUGGAUAUGUCCUGCGGAAAUAACAAGGAACCCUCUCUUUUUGCUGUCGCCAAGUUGCUCGAAACCGGUCUGGUUAACAUGCAUCGAAUAGAGAUUCUCUGGAGACCGCUGACUGGCCACCUGCUUGAGAAGGUCUGCCAGCACCCAAACUCUCGAAUGAGAGAGUGGGGAGCAGAAGCUUUAACCUCGCUUAUUAAAGCAGGACUAACGUUUAGCCACGACCCUCCACUUUCACAAAACCAGAGGCUGCAGUUGCUUUUAUUGAACCCGCUGAAGGAGAUGUCCAGCGCCGGCCACCCGGAUAUCCGCCUCAAGCAGCUGGAGUGUGUGCUGCAGAUUCUGCAGAGUCAGGGGGACAGCCUCGGGCCCGGGUGGCCACUGGUGCUUGGAGUCCUCGGGGCCAUCAGGGACGACCAGGGGGAAUCCCUGAUCCGAACCGCCUUCCAGUGUCUCCAGCUGGUGGUCACAGACUUCCUGCCGACCAUGCCCUGCUCCUGCCUCCAGAUAGUGGUGGGCGUUGCUGGCGCCUUCGGCCUUCACAGCCAGGAGCUCAACAUCAGCCUGACUUCCAUCGGCUUGCUGUGGAACAUCUCAGAUUACUUUUUCCAAAGAGGGGAGACGAUUGAGAAGGAGCUGGACAGGGAAGAGGCGGCGCGGCGCAAGCAGGCGGAGGAGGAGGGCGCGGCCGAGCCCGCCCCGCCCGCGCCGCCCUUCGACUGCCUGUGGCUGUGCCUGUACGCGCGGCUGGGCGAGCUCUGCGUGGACCCGCGGCCGGCCGUGAGGAAGAGCGCGGGCCAGACCCUCUUCUCCACCAUCGGCGCCCACGGCACGCUGCUGCAGCACCCCACGUGGCGCACGGUCGUCUGGGAGGUUCUCUUUCACCUGCUCGACCGAGUUCGAGAGUCUUCUACUACUGCAGACAAAGAAAAGAUUGAGUCUGGAGGUGGCAAUAUUCUCAUUCAUCACUCACGGGACACCGCAGAGAAACAGUGGGCUGAGACGUGGGUUUUGGCGUUGGCUGGAGUAGCAAGAAUCUUCAACACUAGAAGAUAUUUACUGCAGCCUUUGGGAGAUUUCUCAAGAGCGUGGGAUGUUCUUCUUGAUCACAUACAGUCAGCGGCACUCAGCAGAAACAACGAAGUAUCUCUGGCGGCACUGAAAAGCUUCCAAGAGAUUCUCCAGAUCGUGCCUCCCGCCAGAGACUCAGACAAGCCGGAGACCCCGCCGGCAGCGGGUGUGCCUGUGCCGGUCCUCCUGGGGCCUGUGGCGGGGCCAGGCCCGGGCAGGCCGUUUGCGAGAACAGAUUCCGCUGGGGAAAGGCUCGGGGGGUGCGCUGGCUCGGAGGCGCCCGCCGCCACCGGAGAGCUGGACGACCUGCACCUCUGGUGGGCCGCGUGGCGCGCGUGGCGCGGGGUUGGGUCUGAGAGCACCAGGCCGCCCGCCGCUUUCGACGAGCUCACCUUCGUGCCCAGCCAGCCCUUCCUGACAGCUCUGAUUCAGAUCUUCCCGGCUCUUUACCAGCACAUAAAAGCUGGUUUCAGCAUGGACGACUUGCACGGGCUGGGGGUCAUCUUGCACAGCGCCGUUUCAGUGCCCAUCAGCUCAGACGCGUCCCCGUUCAUCCUCCCGUCCUACACGGAGGCGGUGCUCACCAGCUUGCAGGAGGCCGUGCUCACGGCCUUAGACGUGCUUCAGAAGGCCAUCUGUGUAGGUCCAGAAAACAUGCAAAUAAUGUAUCCAGCUAUCUUUGAUCAGUUACUGGCAUUUGUAGAAUUCUCCUGUAAACCUCCACAGUAUGGACAUCUGGAAACAAAGCACAUCGCAAACGCAAAGUAUAAUCAGAUCCAACUAUUUGCACCGGCGGAAUGGGUUGCCCUGAAUUAUGUGCCAUUUGCUGAAAGGUCUUUAGAAGUAGUUGUGGAUUUAUACCAAAAAACAGCCUGUCACAAAGCAGUGGUGAAUGAGAAGGUGCUCCAGAAUAUUAUUAAGACCCUGAGGGUCCCCCUCGGCCUGAAGUACUCCUGCCCUUCGGAGAGCACGUGGCGGCUCGCGGUGUCCUCGCUGCUCCAGGUCCUCGCCACCGGCCUGCCGGUCGCGCGCCAGCACGCCGCCUCUGGCAAGUUCGGCAGUAUGUGGCCGGAGCUGGCGAGCACCUUUGAAGACUUUCUCUUCACUAAAAGUAUGCCUCCAGAUAAUCUCUCUAUUCAAGAAUUUCAAAGAAAUGAAAGUAUUGAUGUUGAGGUAGUUCAGCUCAUCAGCACGGAGAUACUGCCGUACGCCAACUUUAUUCCCAAGGAGUUUGUUGGUCAGAUGAUGACGAUGCUCAACAGGGGCUCAAUACACUCUCAGUCUUCUUCAUUUACAGAAGCAGAGAUUGAUAUUCGUUUGCGAGAGGAAUUUUCUAAAAUGUGUUUUGAAACAUUGCUCCAGUUCUCCUUCAGUAAUAAAGUCACGACGCCCCAGGAGGGCUACAUCUCCCGAAUGGCGCUCUCCGUGCUUCUCAAGCGGUCUCAGGAUGUGCUGCGUCGCUACAUGGAGGACGAGCGGCUGAGCGGCAAAUGCCCGCUUCCCAGGCAACAAGUAACAGAAAUAAUAUUUGUUUUAAAAGCGGUCAGUACUCUCAUUGAUUCACUUAAGAAAACUCAGCCUGAAAAUGUGGAUGGAAACACCUGGGCCCAAGUGAUCGCCUUGUACCCCACCUUGGUAGAGUGUGUCACCUGCGCGUCCUCGGAGGUCUGCUCUGCGCUCAGAGAGGCGCUGCUUCCCUUUAAGGACUUCAUGCAGCCGCCGGCACCCAAAGUCCAGAAUGGAGAGUCGUGACCGGCGCCUGGAGCGCUCCUCCGUGGUCUCGUGGGAGAAGGACAGCGCCUCCUGCAAAUAGUGUUUGGCAGCUGUUGUCGGCUCCUUUAACUUAUAUUUCCCGAGUUCAGUAACUCCUGUUACAGGCUUACGUGUCCACAAGCCUCCGGAGAGAGCAGCAGGUAAGCCGCUCCUGAGCAAACGUGCCGGCAGAGAGAAUCCAUUCUGCAACACACCUGCUCCCUGUCUGCGGUCGGUGAUUUAAAAGUGAGCUGUGUACCGGUGCGGUGGGAUGUGCUCAUGAUGGACUUCUCACAAAGAAAUUUCGCUGAGUAAGGUUUAUUGGGCUGGUGUUUUUGCACCCUUUUUCAAGUUCAAAACUGUCAUAACUUUUAUGCAAGAUGGUACUGUAACAUUCCAGUGAUCAUAACCAGCCUUUGUAAACUGGGGGAACCGGUCUACGCGCCCGCAUAAUAAAUGGUACAGUUCUGUAUAAAUUAGUCGCAUUUGUUAUUUACGUUGUAGAACACCGAUGCUGUGCAGUGCUUGAAGCUGUAUUUAUUACCACCACAAACUCGCUUACGUUUCUACUUGUGAUUUGACUGCGAGGCGCACCGGCCCCGGGCCGGCGGGGCUGCACGCUCGCCUCCCGCCAGCGCCCGGCGGCGGCCGCGCAGCUCUGCGCCUCCGUCGUACCUCGUUUCUUUCGGUGUCUGCCCGACUUCCACACGCCUCUGUUUUUAUAUUUGCUGUCUGGAUUUUAAAGACUUCACAUAUUUUAUAUUUCUACUGUUUUUUCCCUCCACUGACGAACCAUAGUUACCAGUGUGUCUGAAUGAUGACCGAGGCAAGAUGGUUCUGGAUUUCCUAGAGUUUUGCCCGUGAGGAUUUAUUCAUUUCAGUGCUUCACUUUGUCAUGUUUUCUGAAGAAGAAAAGGAACUUUGCUGGCCGCGAAUAUAAAGCGUGCGUGUGCCCCAAGACAAGGAAACGUGCAUUUUCGGAGCCGGGGAGACACCCGGGGCCAGUAACCGUGGCGGAGAGGACGCCCCGCGGUCGCGGCCCACGCUCCGUGGACAAGGAGCGCCAGCACAGCGACUGGCCAGCCCUGGCUCUUGCUGAGGGACGCCGGGAUCACCUCGUUCUGACUCGCGUUUCUCAGUUGUGUGGAGACGCCUGACACGAUGACUGUCCCAGGAAUGCCAGGGGUGCCAGUGUUGUCUUAGAGUGCGCUAGGCCUUUGGCUUUCAUCGGGCCCUGAAUCCAGUCUCCAGGACGAUGCUCGUGACGGACAAAGGCAGAACCCCGUCCUGAGCCAGGCGCCGUGUGGAGCCGCGUCGCUGUGCGCGCUUUGUCUGCCUGUCAUUUGUAAACUCGGGAGGCCUUUUUUGAGGAGACGUUGUUUAUACAGAUAAUGAAUUUCUAUUUUAUAACUCACUGAAGGCUGCGGUAAAACAGCACACCACCCAGUCUGUCUGCGGCGUUUUCUUUACCGGAAUACCGGGAUCGAGCUGCGCACCCAAGUUCAUCCUGUUGGGAUGUUGUGGGCGUCGGGAAAGGGCUGUGCUGGGCGGGCGUGGGGCGGCCC